CUUCAUCUCUCAGCAUGUAUCUUCAUCUCUCAGCAUGUAUCUUCAUCUCUCAGCAUGUAUCUUCAUCUCUCAGCAUGUAUCUUCAUCUCUCAGCACGUAUCUUCAUCUCUCAGCAUGUAUCUUCAUCUCUCAGCAUGUAUCUUCAUCUCUCAGCAUGUAUCUUCAUCUCUCAGCAUGUAUCUUCAUCUCUCAGCAUGUAUCUUCAUCUCUCAGCAUGUAUCUUCAUCUCUCAGCACGUAUCUUCAUCUCUCAGCAUGUAUCUUCAUCUCUCAGCAUGUAUCUUCAUCUCUCAGCAUGUAUCUUCAUCUCUCAGCAUGUAUCUUCAUCUCUCAGCACGUAUCUUCAUCUCUCAGCACGUAUCUUCAUCUCUCAGCAUGUAUCUUCAUCUCUCAGCAUGUAUCUUCAUCUCUCAGCAUGUAUCUUCAUCUCUCAGCAUGUAUCUUCAUCUCUCAGCAUGUAUCUUCAUCUCUCAGCAUGUAUCUUCAUCUCUCAGCAUGUAUCUUCAUCUCUCAGCACGUAUCUUCAUCUCUCAGCAUGUAUCUUCAUCUCUCAGCAUGUAUCUUCAUCUCUCAGCAUGUAUCUUCAUCUCUCAGCAUGUAUCUUCAUCUCUCAGCAUGUAUCUUCAUCUCUCAGCAUGUAUCUUCAUCUCUCAGCAUAUCUUGUCAGAUUCCAACUCCCUAUCUCAUCCUCUCUUCACCCCGUCUCCCUCCUCUUCCUGUCGCAUCGUACCUCCUCAGCCUCCUCCGCCAUGCCGCGAGCGUCUGCUGCCCUGGGAAGGUCGUAGAGAGAGGCUAA